AGAGUGGUAAGGCUCCACACUCAAACUCUUCACUCUCACUCCUCUCUCUUACCGCUUGCAUUGCAAUGGCUCUCUAUCUCCAAUCUCUCUCCAUCAUCCUCUUUCUCCUCCUCCCCUCCUCCACCGCGAUGUGGUGCGUUGCUCGGUUUGAUGUUACGAGCCAAGCGCUUCAGGCAGCUCUAGACUACGCAUGUGCCGCUGGAGCGGACUGUGCUCCAAUCCAGCCCACUGGUUUAUGUUUCCUCCCAAACACCAUUCAGGCUCACGCAUCUUACGCUUUCAACAGCUAUUUUCAGCGUAGAGCCAUGGCUCCUGGUUCCUGCAACUUUGCCGGCACCUCCACCAUCGCCAAAACUGAUCCAAGUUACGGAUCAUGCGUGUACCCAAAUUCUUUGAGUAACGCUGGAGGGUCAGCUUCGACCACAACCGUAGGUGGAACGCCGACAGCAACCGCCGGAAACAUUCCAGUGACGUCACUGAGGCCACCGUCUGGCACCACGGCAUCACCGUUUGGGAUAGGUGGCAAUGGUCUAAUUCCGCCGGGAAUCACAAACACUGAUGAAUCUGGAGCUUAUAUAAACACGAGUACUGUCUCAGUAGUAUUAUUGGUGGUCUCCGUUUUGUGGUUUAUAUAGGUUUCUGAUUUCUGUAUUCAUUGUAUGGGCUCAACAUUUUUGUUAAAUGGGUAAUUAGACGGAAAGUGUUUUUUAGUAUUCAUCGGAUGAUCUAUUCUGUACUCUUUUUAUCUAUAAAAGAAAUAG